CAUCUCUCGUUCUCUUAUUUUCUCGAAUAAAAAAAAAUACCCGACCCGCUAUUCGCGACGCGUUCGUUCAGCAUACCUAUAUCGACGAUGAAGUUCACCACCGUUUUCGUAGCCCUCGUUUCCGCCGUUCCGGUUGUCUUUGGUCUUACCAUCAACACACCGGCCAAUGUUGUUGAAUGCCAGCCCAUUUUGCUUAGUUGGUCUGAUGGACAGGCUCCCUACUACUUGACCCUCGUGCCUGGUGGGCAAUCAAUGGCGGCACCUAUCAAGUCCUUCCCUACACAAACGGGCACAUCCUAUACGUGGAACGUUGAUCUUCAAGCAAACACCAUCUUUAACAUCGCUCUGAAGGACAGUACCGGUAAUACGGCAUACUCUGACAUCGUCACUAUCAUGCCUGGCAGCGACACCUCCUGCCUGAACACAGCAGUGGCUGAGGGUGGUUCGGCGAGUGGUAGCGCUGUUGCCAGUGGCACCUCUACUCCGACCGCUGGAUCUUCCGCGUCCGCAUCUGGUACAAGCUCUUCUGGUGCUAAAACUUCUGCCACUACCACUGCAUCUGCUGGUACGACCCAGAAGACCGGCGCUGCCAGUACCCUGUCUGUCUCUUCGGCAAUGGGUGUUGCUGGUGUGAUGGGUCUCGUUGGUGCUGCUCUCUUCUAAGCAUGUUGAUAGUACGGACACGAUCAUGACGCGCGACGGACUGUUUUAUUUGAUACAUAUCACCUGUCUUUCCUCGUUUCAUAUUAUUCAUACUUUAGUCACUUGUUUUUGUUCCAAUGUGCCUUACUUCGUGCUCCUUUGUGCAUUAUAAAAGAGCAUCAUUCAUUUGUCACUAUUAACUCAUCCCCUGACCAUCACGAAAUCACUGAACGCAAUGUCUGACAUGACCAGAUUGAAUCAUUAGCACUGCGG